UUUUGUCAGUCGUUUGUGAGACAUUACGAAUCGGAAGUGUGUGUAUUUUUGUUUUAUUUAGUAGCAUUCACUAAAUUUAGUGCCGUGUGUUGUUUGAAAGAUACAAAAAAGAUUAAUUUAACUAAAUAAAGUUUAAAUUAAUACAAUUUUACUAAAAUCAAAUAGAUUUCGGCUUUAUUAACAAACUUUAUACAACGGAAUGCAAUACUACAGAUUAAAAAUAAAUAGUGUUUAAUCAAUUAAUUUAACAAAAAAAAAAAAAAAAGAAAAGUUACAAAAGAAAUAAGAAAAAAUUAAAAAAAAAAUAUUGUUCUUUCUGUUCGUUCACCUACACUUGCAUACACGAUCCCGUAGAAUAUAGUAAAUAUAAAAAAAUACGACUAAAUAUAAGAGAUAAAGGGAGAACGAGAGUGAGUGAGAGAGCUAGAGCGUGAGAGUCGCUGGCACAGAAGAGAGUGAUUUAAUGAAUAGUUUAACAAAAACACGCGCAGUAAAAUAAGCAACGCGAGUUGACGGGAAAAAUUUAUAAAAAAUUAUUAAUUAUUUGUUCGUAUUAUUUCAAGUGAUAAAAUCUAGAAAAACCAAUAAAAAAGUGAUAAUUUUUUUGAAAAAAAAAUACAAAAAAAAAAAAUAAUAAAGAAAUUUAUAGUUGUGUUUAAAUAGAUUGUCCAUUAUCGCUUUAUACGUUCGUAUUUUUAUAAAAUAUUUAAUUUAUGGAUAAAUGAAAUCAGUAGUGGUAUAUUGGUUUUUUACAAAAUUAAAAACACGACAAACGCUUCAAUCAUCACAAUAACACCAUUAAAAAACAUUGCUACUCAUAGGUGUCGCGCUGAUCGGCCCCGGCCUAAGGGGCCAUGACGCGGUGGCCCUUUAUCAUCUUACAAUUGCUCUCGGUGGCAGUAAUACUGGUUCCGGGUCUUAAUGUAGAGCGCGAUGAGAACAAUCGCACUAUUAUCAAUGUCGGCUAUCUAACCGCCUUAACGGGUGAGCUCAAAGAUAAGCAGGGUCUCGCUAUAUCCGGAGCUCUAACCAUGGCCUUGGAUGAGAUCAAUAGUGAUACCAACUUACUGCCCAAUGUCUCGUUAAAUCUACGCUGGAACGAUACCAAAGGCGAUACCGUUUUAGCCACCAAAGCCAUAACGGAAAUGAUUUGUGACGGCAUUGCCAUGAUAUUUGGUCCUGAGGGUCACUGUUAUGUAGAAGCAAUUGUCACUCAGAGUCGUAACAUUCCAAUGAUAUCCUAUAAAUGUCCUGAAAACCGAGCCUCCUCCAUACCCACAUUUGCACGUACAGAACCUCCAGAUACACAGGUAAUUAAAUCGGUCAUAUCGUUAUUGCGUUAUUAUGGCUGGAAAAAGUUUUCCAUAUUGCACGAGGAAAGUUGGAGCAUGGUAGCCGAUUUGCUGAAACAAGAGGCCCAGAAAAAGAACAUGACCAUUAAUCACAAGGAAUCGUUUAUUGAUAAUAUGGCCAAAUGUUGUGAGGAAAUGUUGGCCUGCUGUCGUACGGGUUUCUGGUAUCAGAUUGUACAAAACACCAUGAAUCGUACACGCAUCUAUGUUUUCUUGGGCAGUGCUAAUGCUUUAGUGGAAUUUAUGGCCUCCAUGGACACGGCAAAUCUUUUCUCCAAAGGUGAAUACAUGGUGAUAUUUGUUGAUAUGAUGACCUACACACCAAAAGAAGCCGAAAAAUAUUUGCGUAAACCGGAACACAUCGAGCAUAUGAAAAGUUGUGGCGAAACCGAUAAUCUAAUACAACGUGCCAGAAGUCUUCUAGUGGUUGCCUCCACCCCACCCACUGACAGCUAUGAGGACUUCACCGCCAAAGUGAGAGAGUACAAUUUAAUGGAACCGUUUAAUUUCACAUUGCCAAACAUAUUUUUAAACAAUAAUUUUAUUAAGUUUGUUUCUAUAUAUGCCGCCUACCUCUAUGAUUCUGCCAAAUUGUAUGCCUGGGCUUUGGAUGAACUACUGCGUAAUGCCUCGAAAACGCAAACUUUAACGGAUGAAGAAGUCUAUAAUAUAGCCAGAGAUGGCAGUAAAAUAAUUGAAACUAUUAUCAAAAAUGGAACCUAUAAAAGUGUUACUGGCGCCACCAUUAAAAUCGAUAAUAAUGGUGAUUCCGAGGGCAAUUUCUCUGUCUUAGCCUAUAAACCGUUUAAGUAUUCGUAUCGUGAGAAUCUAUCAUGUAAUUUUCAUAUGGUACCUGUGGCACAUUUUCAACAAGGAUCUGAUAUUCCAGAAUACAAACUUAUCAAUGGUUCUAUGCGUGUGGAUUGGCCUUCGGGUGGUGAUCGGCCGUUUGAUGAACCCAUGUGUGGUUUUGCCAAUGAAUUGUGUAAAAAGGAUGAUCGUCAUAUUACCUCUUUGGUGGCAGCUGGUAUUUUGGGUUUAUUACUCUUUUGUGCCGGUGUUGUGACCAUGAGUAUCUAUCGUAAAUGGAAGAUCGAAUUGGAAAUUGAAGGUCUUCUAUGGAAAAUUGAUAUAUCCGAAAUAAAGGGUUAUUCAGGCAAUGAUAUUGUCUCAUCGCCCAGUAAGCUAAGUUUGGUUAGUGCCCAAUCAUUUGGCUCCCGCUGCUCAAAUCAAGUGUUUACAUCCACGGCACGUUUGCGCGGCGCUGUGGUGCGUAUAAAAGAGCUGAAAUUUCCCCGCAAAAAGGAUAUGUCAAGGGAAAUUAUGAAAGAAAUGCGUUUGUUGCGUGAAUUAAGACACGAUAACGUCAACAGUUUCAUUGGAGCCUGUGUGGAGCCCAUGCGUAUAUUACUAGUCACUGAUUAUUGUGCCAAGGGCAGUUUGUAUGACAUCAUCGAGAAUGAAGAUAUCAAAUUGGAUGAUCUGUUUAUAGCUUCUCUCAUACAUGAUCUCAUUAAGGGUAUGAUUUAUUUACAUGAUUCGUCUUUGGUUUAUCAUGGUAAUCUCAAGUCUUCAAAUUGUGUGGUCACUUCAAGAUGGAUGCUGCAGGUGACAGACUUUGGUUUGCAUGAUCUAAGACACUGUGCCGAAAGUGAGUCUAUAGGCGAACAUCAGCACUAUAGAAAUCAAUUUUGGAAAGCUCCCGAAAUUCUUAGAAAUCCUCAUGUAUAUGGCUCUCAAAAGGGAGAUGUUUAUGCUUUUGCCAUAAUAAUGUAUGAAAUAUUUAGUCGUAAGGGUCCCUUUGGUCAAACACUGUUUGAGCCCAAGGAAAUUGUGGAUUUGGUUAAGAAGAAACCCAUUAAGGGCGAUGUGCCUUUUCGUCCCGAAUUGGAGUGCAUUAUAGAGGGUGAGCUGUGUCCUGAUUAUGUUUUAAGUUGUAUAACAGAUUGCUGGCAUGAAGAUCCAGAUGUGAGACCUGAUUUUCCCACUAUAAGAACCCGCCUGAAGAAAAUGCGUGGUGGUAAAACGAAAAAUAUUAUGGAUCAAAUGAUGGAAAUGAUGGAGAAAUAUGCCAAUAAUUUGGAGGAUAUUGUUACCGAACGUACGCGUUUGUUGUGUGAAGAAAAGCGUAAAACUGAAGAUCUUUUGCAUCGUAUGUUGCCACAAUCUGUAGCCGAAAAGUUAACCAUGGGCUUGGGUGUGGAGCCGGUAUCCUAUGAUUUGGUCACCAUCUAUUUCAGUGACAUUGUUGGCUUUACGGCUAUGUCAGCCGAGAGCACUCCUCUGCAGGUGGUAAACUUUCUUAAUGAUCUCUACACGGUAUUCGAUCGUAUCAUACGUGGCUACGAUGUCUAUAAAGUGGAAACAAUUGGUGACGCCUACAUGGUGGUAUCAGGUUUACCCAUUAAAAAUGGCGAUCGACAUGCUGGCGAAAUUGCUUCCAUGUCUUUGGAACUUUUACAGGCUGUGAAACAACAUAGAAUUGCCCAUCGACCAAAUGAGGUCUUAAAACUUCGUAUUGGCAUGCAUACGGGCCCGGUGGUGGCUGGUGUAGUGGGUCUAACAAUGCCUCGCUACUGUCUUUUUGGUGACACGGUUAACACCGCCUCUCGCAUGGAGUCAAAUGGAGAGGCUUUGAAAAUACACAUAUCUAGCAAGUGUAAAGAUGCCUUAGAUAAGUUGGAGGGUUAUGUUACCGAAAAACGUGGCCUGGUCAAUAUGAAGGGCAAGGGAGAAGUAGUCACUUAUUGGUUAGUGGGAGCCACCGAGAAAGCCAUUCAAAAGAAAGAGAUCGAUAUGACAGAUUUGCCACCACCUUUGUUUUGCCGUCCACGCAAGAGUCCGAAAUUUUCUGACUCCCGACAGCCCAGUAUAGUGGGUAUGCAUUAUGCUGGUGCCGGCUCAAGGCGCCAGUCUAGUGUACCGCGUGCCGAUGUAGAGUCCAAUUAUAGUCUUCAGGGUUCAACGUAUCAGAUGGCACGGGAAUCGCCGCGCUUGUCUACAAAACGCUACGAACGUCCAGCGGCCAAUGGAGUGGGGAAUUUCCAAGGCAAUAGCAUACCAGAAUACAUGGGUGGCUACGGUGGCAGUGGAGCUACCGGCAGUGGAGGUUUAAAUGGUAGUGGCGGUGUUGUUAACUCCGAUAAUAUAGCGGAGGCUUCACUGGCAUCGCACAGCACUCUGGAGCAUUCCGAAAUAAACUGUGAUAAUAACGGCGUGGGUGUAAAUGGCGGUAUUGGAUCGGCCUUUAGCUCAUCGCGCCUAUCUAGUCCCUCGCACAAACCUUUGGCCAUGGUGCGCCCGCAUCGAAUUGUCAAUUCUCUCAACUCUACUCAGGAUAUGUAUGGAAGUGGUAUUAUUUUAGGAAGUACUGUGAUUGCUCACCAUAAUUUACGUGAAGCCAUAUCCCUUGAUCCCAUACCAUUUCAACUGCGCAAACGGCACGAGCCAAAGAUACUGCCGCCCUCAAAGUUGAGCAAAAACAACUCGAGAUCUUUGGACACCGGGGUCUCACUGAUAAACGAUAAUCCCAACGGUGAAACGGACGAAGAGACGGCUCAGGAUCAGAGAUACAACGAAGCUACAAAUGAAACGAACAAUGUACCUGCUUUAGAGGAAUAUGAGGGCGAUGAUGUGGGCUUACUGAUGUUAAGAGACAAUGGCGAUAUAAAUGCGCGUAGUUCAGCUACAAUUGUACCGGUAGGCUCCUCCCUGCUCAACAGGCGACGCAGUGGUGGUGGUUAUUCCAUAGGUGGGGUUAGUAGUGGUACUGGAGUAUCCAUGCUGCCCUACAAGCACCUAAAUAACAAUUGUAAUGGCGGCAUGACCAUUGAGGAAGACGUGCAAUCACCUCUACUGCAACGACAAGCUUCUCUGACGACACCCACUAGCAUGGAGAAAGCCAAACGAUGGCACUCCUUGGAGAAUAUAGAACAUCAUGCGGGCAACAGUGUCAGCUAUGCUGAAGACAUUGAUGGCCGUCAAGCCAGCAGUAGUUCCAAUAAAACGCAUGGCAAGAAAUCUUCUCGCAAUAACACCAGCGGCGGCGAUUCUGGCAAUUCAUCGUCAAUUUUAGAUCGUUUAGUAAGUAUUUUCCAUGGGAAUGGAAAAAAGUCCAGUGAAGCUUCCCUCAGACGAGUGGGUAUACUACCAAGUGCUGUUAGAGGGGUGCCCGGUUUUAGUGACAUCAGCGGUUCUUCAAGAGACCGAGAGAGCAUAGUUUAGUUAAAGGAAACAAAAUUCAUAAUACGUAUUGUAAGAGUAUGUUUGUUUUUAAUUUAAGAAUGGAAACAUUUUUCGUUUUGUAGAAUUGUGUCUAGUCACAGUCUCUAGACUAGUUUAUUAUUUUUUUAUUAAUAUAAUUAUUUAUAUGCUAAUUUUUUUCUCCUCAUCAUCCAAAAAAAAGUAUCCCUUCCAAAAAAAAAAAAAAAAAAAGAAACUGAUUUAAAAAGCA